AUGAAUUACUAUCGACAUGAUGAAGAAUCAAAUGAUAUUGGAAAUGAACAUACAUUGUCGUGGUCUAUUCAACUAGGACCAGAAAAUGAAGUAGAGCAAGGAGGAAGUCAUAAUAGAUUUAAUACAAAUGAAAUUCCCUUAGAUAAUAAUAACUUAACUCAUGAAUUACUUGAGAUUAGAAACUCUCGGAGAUUACUAAUUGCAUUAAUUAUCAAUACUUCAAUAUUACUAUUUAUUAUAAGUCUGUUCUGUUCUAUUGUAUCUAUAUUAGUAAAAAAUUGGGGUGUAACAUGUGAUAGAAGUUUGAAAAUAUGGUGUAUUGUAUGGUUUGUAAGAUUUUUAUUAUCAACUAUAAUAAGAUUUGUAGCAAGUACAUUUGCAAAUAUUCUCGGAAGAACUAUUCCUGUAACUAUGUUAUAUUUCAUUCAUAUUAUUCAUAUUUUUGGAAUAGCAUGGUGGUUUUAUGGAAUAAAACUUAUUUUUAUAACACCUCCAGACAAAAACUGUAGUGAUACUUUAACUUUCGCUCAAAUUUUGUUUUGGUAUCAGUUUAUACUCUUACUUUUACCUAUAUUACUUGCAUUUAUAUUAUGUAUAUCCGUAUUCAAUUUAAUACAUAGAAUUGGACUUCAAAGACAAUCUAAAUCAGUACCAGAAGAAUUAAUGGAUAAAAUAGAAUCCAUGGAAUUGAUUGAUUAUAUUAACAAACUUCAAAGUGAAAAUUACAAUGUAACUAUAUUUUAUGAAAAUAAUACUAAUAAAGAAAUCAUAGAUAAUCAGAGUACUGACAACUAUUCAAAUUCUUUAUAUAAUAGAAAUAAUACUGUGGACAAUGAAUAUAUUAAAUAUAUUACACUCAGUAAAGUUUGUCCAAUUUGUGUUCAAGAUAUUAAUGAUAAUGAUCAUAUACGUAUAUUACCAUGUGAUGUUCGCCAUAUAUAUCAUAAAGAUUGUAUAGAUGGAUGGUUUCAACAAAAUAAUGCUUGUCCUAUAUGUAGAUCUGAUGUAGUAUUACUUCUUCAAAAUAAGUAG